AGGCUCCCGCGAGCUGCCACCGAGCGGGCGGACUCUUCCGCCGUGCCCUGCGAGCAGCCGCCUCUCCUGCUGCGAGGGCGACGGCCCGCUCGGGCCCUCGGACGCCGCUCGGCGACCGCCUCGGCGACCGCCCGUAGCCGCUCGGCCCGAGCGCCUGGCGCGAUGGUCUCGCCAGCCUCUCGGCUGCAGGAUGGUCGCUGCAGGCUUCGCUCACACCGUGCUGCUGAGGAGCGACGGGACGGCCACGGCCUGCGGCGAGAACGCCGAGGGGCAGUGCGACGUGCCCGCGCUGGGCCGAGGCCUGGCGUACAUGCAGGUCGCUGCGGGCGCCUAUCACACGGUGCUGCUGAGGAGCGACGGGACGGCGGCGGCCUGUGGCCAGAACUUCGACGGGCGGUGCGGCGUUCCGGCGUUGGGCGGAGGCCUGACUUACACGCAGGUCGUUGCCGGCGUCGCGCAUACCAUGCUGCUGAGGAGCGACGGGACAGUUGCGGCCUGCGGUGGCAACUCUGACGGGCAGUGCGAUGUCCCCGUGCUGAGCGGAGGCUUGACAUACACGCAGGUCACCGCGGGUGCGUAUCACACGGUGCUGCUCAGGAGCGAUGGGACAGCCGCGGCUUACGGCCGGAAUGACGACGGGCAGUGCAAUGUUCCAGUGCUGGGUGAAGGCCUGAUUUACGCGCAGGUCGCUGCGGGUCACGCUCACACUGUGCUGCUGAGGAGCGACGGAGCAGCAAUCGCCUGUGGGGGUAAUUCAGAUGGGCAGUGCGACGUCCCAGCGUUGUGUGGAGGCCUAACAUACAAGCGAGUGGCUGCAGGUGCCUAUCACACGGUGCUGCUGAGGGGCGACGGGGCAGCCGCGGCCUGCGGCCAGAACUUCGACGGGCGGUGCGACGUCCCCGCGCUGGACGGAGGCCUGGCUUACACGCAUGUUGCCGCGGGUCACGUUCACACCGUGCUACUGAGGAGCGACGGGACAGUUGCGACCUGCGGUCGCAAUUUCGACGGGCAGUGCGACGUCCCAUCCCUUCGGACCCGAUGGACAGACUGGCUGCCGUGGCGGCCUGCGCGUCUCCGGUACGUGGCUUGCUCCUCGCCGCCGCAUGUGUUGCCGAUGCUGGUGCUGCAGGCGUCCUUCGACGGAGCUUCGGUACAGUUCGCGACGCUUGGCGGGGAGGAGUUCGACCGCAUCCAGGCGGCGCCCGAAGAUCGCUUGGCGGACGUUCGCGCUCGACUGAUGGCUGGCCGCCUCUCGCAAAUGCUGGGCUUCACGUUCUCCGCGGCCGACGCCGUCCUGCCCAGGGGCGCGCUCCUGAGCGAGGCCCCUGGCGGGGAGACCUGCGCUGGCGCGUUUGGGCGAGUCGAUGACGGCUGAUUGCCGAGCGUACAAGGUGAGCGUCUCUCUCUCUCUCUCUGUACCUGCGCCUCUCUUUCUAUGCGUCUAUUUGUGUAUGUGUCUGCGUGUCUGUGUCUGUCUGUGUGCUUCUGUGUCUGCGUCUGAUUGUUUGAGCCCGCCUCUGCUUCGGAGCGUCUCUGUCGCCGCCGACCAAAAGAGUGUGACUGUCUGUUUGUUUGUCCUUCUCUCUCCCUUGCUCUCUUUCUGUCCCACGGAUGUGUGUGUGUG